AGCCACGGUGCUGUGCCUGGACGUGGGCCUUGCCAUGGGCUGCUCGGCUGCCGAGGGGGAGUCCCCGCUGGAACAAGCCAAGAAGGUGAUGACGAAGUUUGUGCAGCGACAGGUUUUUGCUGAAAGUAAAGAUGAAGUUGCUGUAGUUUUGUUUGGCACAGAUGAUACUAGGAAUGGCCUGGCCAGUGGGGAUCAAUACCAAAACAUUACUGUACACAGGUCACUAAUGCUAGCAGAUUUUGAUCUGCUGAAAGACAUUGAAGAUGUGAUCAAACCAGGCUCUGAACAAGCAGACUUUCUGGAUGCUAUUAUUGUGUGUAUGGACUUGCUUCAGAAGGAAACAAUAGGCAAGAAAUACGAAAAGAGACACAUUGAAGUGUUUACAGACCUUAGUAGUCCUGUCAGUGAGGAUCAACUGGAAAUUAUCAUUGCUAACUUGAAGAAAACAGGAAUUUCACUUCAAUUUUUCCUGCCUUUUACAGUGGAUGUUGAUGAUGGGGGUGGAGAUGCAAGUGCCAGAUGUUCUGAAAUGCACAGAAAUUAUUUUCCAAGAAAGGGUUUAACUCAAAAACAGAAGGAAGGCAUUGAUGUGGUGAGGAAGCUGAUGCAUACUUUGGAUGAAGAAGGAGGGCUGGAAGAAAUCUAUACUUUCAGGGAGAGCCUGGAGCGUCUUUCAAUGUUUAAGAAAAUAGAAAGAAGACCUACAGCUUGGCCCUGCCAGCUCACUAUUGGUUCUAAUUUAUCUAUAAGAAUUGUGGCCUACAAAUCAGUCACAGAAGAGAAGUUGAAAAAGGUUUGGACAGUUGUGGAUGCUAAAACCCUCAAAAAAGACGAUGUGCAAAGAGAAACUGUUUACUGCUUGAAUGAUGAUGAUGAGACAGAAGUUCAGAAAGAUGAUACUCUUCAAGGGUUUCGCUACGGGAGUGAUAUAGUUCCUUUUUCCAAGGAAGAUGAAGAGCAAAUGAAAUACAAAACAGAAGCAAAAUGUUUUUCUGUUUUGGGAUUCAGCAGAUCCUCUCAGAUCCAGAGGCAUUACUACAUGGGCAACCAGGUUCUGAAGGUCUUUGCAGCCAAAGAUGAUGAGAAUGCAGCAGUAGCUUUUUCUGCCCUUGUUCAUGCACUGGAUGAGUUGAACGUGGUAGCUGUAGUGCGUUAUGCUUAUGAUAGAAGAUGCAACCCACAAGUUGGGGUAGCUUUUCCAUAUAUUAAGGAUGCAUAUGAGUGUCUCAUCUAUGUGCAACUACCCUACAUGGAAGACUUAAGACAGUACAUAUUUUCAUCCUUGAAAAACAAUAAAAAAUGCAUUCCUACAGUGGAUCAGUUAUCUGCUGUCGACUCUCUGAUUGAUUCUAUGAAUUUGGUUUAUGAAGAUGAUGAUGGAGAAAGUUUUGAGGACCUAUUUAAGCCCAGCAAAAUCCCAAACCCUCAUUUUCAGAGGUUGUAUCAGUGCUUGCAGCAUAAGGCUUUUCACCCCAAUGAUCCAUUGCCACCAGUUGAACCGCACCUUUUAGAGAUGCUGGAGAUUCCCCGUGUGGUAAAAGAAAGGUGUCAGGCUACUCUUGAAAAAGUAAAAGCACUUUUCCCUCUAAAGGAAGUUGGCAAGAAAAAAGAAGAGAUGACUGCUCAAGACAUUUUCAAAGACAAUGAAGAUGGACCUAAUGCUAAGAAACCAAAGCUUGAAGAUGAGGAAGGUAGCUUUAGCAUCAUGAAACUUGCUGAAGGAAAUGUCACCUCAGUUGGGAGUGUUAACCCAGCAGAAGACUUCCGAAUUCUGGUGAGGCAAAGAAGUGCUGACUUCAAAGAUGUGAGUCAGCAGCUGAUAAACCGCAUUGAUCAGUUCCUAGAAAAUAAAGGUUCACAGUACUACAUGAAAGGGAUCAAUUGCAUCAGAGUUUUCAGAGAGGAGGCCAUUAAGCUGUCCAAGGUGCAGUGCUUUAAUGAUUUUCUGCAGGCUCUGAAAUCCAAGGUGGAAGAUAAAGCCUUAGCUGAUUUCUGGGAGAUCAUGAUACAAGACAGAAUUUCUUUGAUCACUAAAGAUGAAGCAGAAGGAAGUUCAGUGACUAGUGAAGAGGCUGAAAAGUUCUUGGCUCCAAAAGUGAAGAAAAAUGAAACUGUGUCUCCCACAGAUGAAGCUGGUGAUGUUGAUGAUUUGCUGGACAUGAUGUGA